CGGAGGAGCGCUGGGUGCUGGCGGGACCGAGCGGCCAUGGCGGGCCAGAAGACCCCGGCGCUCCCGCUGCCCGAUGGAAAAGACACAUCGUGCGGCAGCUUCGACAGCGAGACCGCACGCAAAAAGCACUCUUCCUGGAGCUGGUGCCGGCCUAUAACCGUCUCCUAGAGAAGGCUGAGCUGCUGGCCCGGUUCUCAGAGAAGCUGCAGCCAGAGCCAAACGAUGUCACUGCUGCUACCCACCAGGGCCCCUGGGAAGAGGAGCCAGGGCCUGACUCAGACCAAGUCCCAUCACCAGCUGCUCAGAGGGUGAAGUGGCAAGAGGAGGAAGAGGGGCUCCGGCUGGUGUGUGGAGAGAUGGCCUACCAGGUGGUGGUGAAGAGCGAGGCGCUCGGCGCCCUGGAGUCGCAGCUGGGCGAACGGCAAGGCAGGCUGGCGGCUCUAGAGGCACGCGUGGCGCAGCUGCAGGAGGCGCGGGCGCAAGGGGUGCAGCAGGUAGACGCGCGGUGCGCGCUGAAUGAGGCGCAGCGGGAGGCUUACGAGGCGCUGCGUGCGCGCGCCGGGCACCUGGAGGCGGCACGUAACUUGCGCAACGAGCGCCGCGAGAGGGCCAAGCAGGCGCGGGUAUCCCUGGAGCUGAAGAAAGCAGCCAAGCGGACAGUGAGCAUCAGCGAGAGCCCAGACACACUAGGUGAUGGGAUCACAGAGGAAGCAGAAACUCUAGCCCUGGCUGCUGAGUCAGAGUCCCUGGAGAGUGAGGCUGGUGAGAAAUGGAAGAGGCCCUUCAGGUCUGCCUCUGCCACCUCCCUGACGCUGUCCCGCUGUGUGGAUGUGGUGAAGGGGCUUCUAGAUUUCAAGAAGAGGAGAGGCCACUCAAUAGGGGGAGCCCCCGAGCAGCGAUACCAGAGCAUCCCUGUGUGCGUGGCUGCCCGACUUCCUACUCGAGCUCAGGAUGUACUGGAUGCCCACCUCUCCGAGGUCAACACUGUUUGUUUUGGCCCCAACAGCAGCCUUCUGGCCACUGGAGGGGCUGACCGGCUCAUCCUCCUCUGGAAUGUUGUGGGAGGUCGCCUGAAGGCCAACCAGACCCUUGAAGGAGCUGGCGGCAGCAUCACCAGUGUGGACUUUGACCCCUCGGGCUCCCAGGUAUUGGCAGCUACUUACAAUAAGGCCGCCCAGCUCUGGAAGGUGGGGGAGGCACAGUCCAAGGAGACACUAUCUGGACAUGCAGACAAAGUGACAGCUGCCAAAUUCAAGCUAACACGGCAUCAGGCGGUGACUGGGAGCCGGGACCGGACAGUGAAGGAGUGGGACCUCGGCCGCGCCUACUGCUCCCGGACCAUCAAUGUCAUUUCCUACUGUAACGACGUGGUGUGUGGGGAUCAUGUCAUCAUUAGUGGCCACAAUGACCAGAAGAUCCGGUUCUGGGACAGCAGGGGACCCCGCUGCAUCCAGGUCAUCCCUGUGCAGGGCCGGGUCACCUCCCUGAGCCUCAGCCACGACCAGCUGCAUCUGCUCAGCUGUUCUCGAGAUGACACUCUUAAGGUCAUCGACCUGCGUGUCAGCAAUAUCCGCCAGGUGUUCAGAGCUGAUGGCUUCAAGUGUGGCUCUGACUGGACCAAAGCUGUGUUCAGUCCAGACAGAAGCUACGCAGUGGCAGGUUCCUGGGAUGGAGUGCUUUACAUCUGGAAUGUAGACACUGGGAAACUGGAGAGCAGCCUUCAGGGACCCCAUAGUGCUGCUGUCAAUGCCGUGGCCUGGUGCUACUCUGGGAGCCAUGUGGUGAGCGUGGACCAGGCCAGGAAGGUUGUGCUCUGGCACUAGAGCCACAAUUCCCCGAGCUGGAGCUCUAGUCCGAAGCCUGAAGCUGGACAGCUUCCCACCGCCCAAGAGGGCUCCAGGGCCAGUGGGGGUUGUGGGGGUGGGGAGGGCUCAGGGCAUUUGGUGGGGAAGAAGGCCUGGCAGGACCUGGCCUGUUUGUUUAAAAACAAAGUGUGGGUUUUUUGGGGGUGGGGUGGGAAUUACAGUAUUGUUUUAUUUUUUAUUUCUGUCUCCUCACUUUCUCUGGCAAAAGCGGAAAGAAAUUGCAUCUAAA